AUGGAAACUGCAUUACCAUCAUCAUGGAUGAUAGACCGAACAAAUACUAAUAUUGCUAAUAUGCCUGAUGAACAACGACUUUUCUACACGCUUAUGAAUGGCUAUGAAAAAGCUGUAAGACCAAUAAGAAAUGCAUCAGAUACGGUACUACUUAAACUCGGUAUCACAUUGACCCAAAUUAUGGAUGUUGAUGAACGUAAUCAAAUUAUGACAACAAAUAUCUGGCUUGACCAAGAAUGGACUGAUGAAUUUUUGAAAUGGGACCCAGAUAAUUACAGUGGUUUAAAAAAACUCCGUAUACCGUGCCGAUAUAUUUGGUUACCUGAUGUUGUUCUAUAUAAUUCUGCCGAUGAUUAUACACAAGGAUAUAUGCAAGCAUUAGCAAUGAUCGAUUCAAAUGGAACUGUCUUUUGGCCACCUAUAGUUAAAUUUCGGUCGACUUGCAAAAUUGAUAUCACUUGGUUUCCUUUCGAUGAUCAAUUAUGUUUUCUAAAAUUUGGUUCUUGGACUUACGAUUCUACUCAAGUAAUCUUAACAAAUCGCUCAGAGUCUGUCGAUACUUCAAAUUAUGUAGAUAAUGGCGAAUGGAAAUUAAUAUCAUCAUGGACUAUUCUAUCGAGAAUAACAUAUCCAUGCUGUGAUGAAUCAUUUUAUGACUUAAAAUUUUAUUUUCAUGUACGCCGGCGAACAUUAUAUUAUAUUUAUAAUGUUAUGAUACCUUGUAUAAUGCUUUCUAUAUUAACAUGCUUAACUUUUUAUCUGCCAGUAGAAUCAGGUGAAAAAGUGUCACUAGGUUUAACAGUUCUUCUUGCUUUUUCAGUAUUCAUGUUAUUAAUUGCUGAAGCCAUGCCAGCAACAAGUGAAUUUAUUCCUUUGAUUGGGAUCUAUUUUACAUUAGUUAUGGGCUUAACAAGUUUAUCGGUUUUAUUAGCUGUUGUUCUACUUAAUAUUCAUUUAUAUGGCUUAGCAUUGAAUCCAGUUUCGCCUCGAUUACGACGUAUCCUAUUUCAUCAUUUAGCACCACUAUUACAUGUUCAAUUACACCGUGGAACUCAAUAUGGUAAACAAAAUCAUCCGCGAUAUUCAACAGUCAUCACUCCUCGUCGUGCAACAACAAUUUAUAAUGCCGUGUUCUUGAAUGAACGCGAUCUUCUAGCAGAUGGUCAGCAACAUAUAUCGUCGCAUACGUUUCAAUCAGCAACAAUGCAUGGAAAUAACAUCGAUGUUGAUUCAAUAUCGACGACAGAUGUUCAAACAGCACCACAAUCCUUAAGUGAAUGCAAACGUCUUCUUACUGAACUCAAUCGUCUUAUUCUUCGUCCAACUGAAACACAAGAAGAAGACAUUAUCAUACGUGAUUGGCAAAAUGUUGCAUUAGUUAUUGAUCGUUGUCUUUUCGUUUUAUAUAUUUCAUCAACUAUGUUUUUAACUAUAAUAACCUUAAUUUUAGCACCUUUACUUAAAACUGUUCCAAAACAACCGAAUUAUCAUCAAUUAAAUAUCACAAUGGAUUAA